AUGGCAGACAACUUUGAGAGCUCAGACCAUGAAGAUCUCUUCGCAUCGCCCUCUGCCGAGCGCCAGCAGCCGCAGCCCGAGCGAGCCAAGACGCCAGCCAAUCAGAACUCGCGAUUCGACGCUGAAGAGGCCCGCGAAACGGCGCUGCGCCGGGAGCUGGAGGGCGUGAGGAACAUCAACGAGGUCAUCGAGGGGGUCAUUGCGACGCUGGAGCGGGCAAAGGGCAACAUGGGCACCGUGUCCAAGACAGUCGAUAACGCCUCUGCGCUGCUCAACACCUGGACGCGGAUACUGUCGCAGACUGAAUACAACCAGCGGCUGAUUCUGAACCCCGACUGGAACGGCGCCACGCAGGACCUCGCCGACAUCGAGAACGAGGCCCUGCAGAAGCAGCGCGACGCCGAGCGGAGGGCUGCCGAGGCCGAGCGCCGCCGGGAAGAGGCGCGGAGGAAGGCCGAGGACGAGGAUCGCCAGAGGACAGCGGGCACGGCGCCGCCCCGGGGGGCCGCAAGCCGCGGCCACACGCGAGCGGGGCGAGACACAAGCAGCGGAAGGGGCGCAUCGGGGAUAGGCAGAGGCUUGGGGUACACGCGGGGAGGGCGGUCAACAAGAGGCGGUGUCAAAUGA